CGACGUGGUGUCUGGUCAGGCGCGCGAGUAGCCGACCGCCUGAGCACGUCGUUUCCCUUCCUCGAUUCCAACCUUUUCCCCAACCUAGCGCUAGCUGAAGGCUCCGGCGGCGGCGGCUGGCCCUCUCCUGCCUCUCCCUCGGUCCCUCCCCUCCCCUCCCCUCCAUCCGGCCAUCUCACUCCCCUGCCUCGGCCUCCGGCGCCCAGCCCUCUCCUCCGCGGCUCCGCCAGGCGCCAGGCCACCAGUCCGCCUCCGGCCUCCCAAGCGCGGCGGCAGCCGGCAGCGCCCUCCAGGCUCCAGCCACCGUCCUCGCGCCUCCCCGGCGCGGCGGCAGAACCAUCCAGCAGUCCGGCCUCCGUUCCUCAACAGCCACAAUACCCUGACGCCGGUUGGCCCCGGCACAACGCCGCUCCCCGCCAACGCCCCUCUCCCUCAGCUGCUGACCUCGGCAACGAGCUCACCCACACGCCUCUGCUGCCAGAAGAUUGCCCGCAUCUAGCAAAGGCUAAUGGAUCGAGGUUGGAUGAGUAAACCAAGAUCAACUGCUGAUUAUAAAGAAGGUGUCGAGCAAUUUCAAUCUUUUGCCUUCCAUGAUGUUCCACUCGGUGAUAAAAUUCUCUGUCCCUGUGUAAAUUGUGGAAAUAAGGCAACGCAGAAUUACGACGAAGUGAAAACCCACCUAAGAUGUGAUGGUAUUCUUCAGGGUUAUACAAAAUGGGUUUGCCAUGGAGAAGAGUAUGAUUCACCGUCAUUUGCAUUUGCUCCCAUGUCAAAUAACAACAACAAUUUUCAUAUUCCGGGUUUUCCAGUGAAUUCUGAUGUAGAAGGGAGUAAUAGAAGAUUGCAUGACAUUUCUGGGCUCUUAAGUGCCAUUUUCCCCAUGGCUGACAGCUUCCAAUCACUAUCAAGCGCAUCUGAUGGGGAACUAGAUGGUGUUCAGUCUGAAUUUGAGAACUUGGAACCUGGUAUGGCUUAGAAUGUCAAUACAACAUCUGCAGAUGAUGAUGCAAUGAGAGAACAAGACAUAUAUGCUAGUUUCCUCGAGGAAGCAAACACAGAUUUAUACCCUGGAUGUGCAACAUAUUCGAGGUUGUCAUUUCUUUUCACUUUAUAUCACAUGAAAGUCUUGCAUUGAUGGUCACAGGAAUCAUUCACACAGCUACUUGGUGUAUUAUCGGUUGCAUUUCCUCAGAUAAACCUACCCAAGAAAUAUUAUGAGGUGAAAAAAAUCAUACGCGGAUUAGGGCUGGACUAUGAGAAAAUUCAUGCAUGCCCAAGAGACUGCAUGCUUUUUAGAGGCGAAAGAGCUAACCAGGAGUCUUGUCAUGUGUGUGGUGGGUUACCAAUGAAACUGAGAAGAAAGAUUCGGCAACUGAAUCUAAAAAGAAGAAGAAGAAGAAACCAGCCAAGGUGUUGCGAUAUUUCCCAUUGAUUCCAAGGCUCCAAAGGUUAUUUGCAACCAAGAAGACAUCAACUGACAUGCGUUGGCAUGAUGAGGGUCGUACAAAAGAUGGAUUGCUGCGAUGUCCAGCUGAUGGAGAGGCUUGGAAAGAUCUUGAUGCCAGAUAUCCUAAAUUCGCUGAGGAUCCCCGUAAUGCGCGGCUAGGCGUUGGGUCUGAUGGGUUUAAUCCUUUCCGACUCAUGAGUGCAAAACAUAGUACUUGGCCAGUGACGCUUAUUCCAAACAACCUACCACCUUGGAUCUGCAUGAAGCAAACAUCUCUAAUUUUAUCAAUGAUUAUUCCUGGACCAAGUUCCCCUGGCAAUGAUAUUGAUGUAUAUUUGCAGCCGUUGGUGGAUGAGCUGCAACAACUUUGGAAGGGUGUGGACACUUUUGAUUCAUGUACCCAGGAGAAAUUAUCUCUUCGAGCUGCACUAUUAUGGACUUUGAACGAUUUUCCAGCAUUAGCUUACCUCUAUGGGUGGAGCACGAGCGGUAAAUAUGCUUGCCUGUCUUGUGGUCCUUUUACAAGAUCAUAUUGGCUAAAGAAGAGUAAGAAAUUUUGUUAUAUGGGUCAUCGCCGAUGGCUAACACAGAAUCAUGUAUUUCGGAGACGAAAGAAGGAGUUUGAUAACACCGAAGAGAUGGAACUUGCACCUAUAACAAUGAGUGGUAGCUCAGCUUUGAGAAUGUUGCAGGGCAGAGUGUUUGUCUUAGGAAAAAAGGUUGUUGUGGCAAAGAAAGGGAAAGGGAAAAAGAAGGGCAAAGACAGUGAAAAAGGAAUUGAAGAUUACAAGGUGGUCUUCUUUAAAUGUGAUUGGUAUGAUGUUCAUCACAAAGCUGGUAUUAUAAGAGAUGAGUUUGGAUUCACUCAUGUGAACUUCUCCCGAAAAAUACAUACAGGGGAGAAGUUAGAGGAUGAACCUUUUGUAUUUUCUUCCCAAGUGGACCAGGUCUUCUAUAUCCAAAAUCUGAGAAGUGAGAAUUGGAAUACCAUGGUGAAAUUCAAACCUCGUGAUAUUUUUGACAUGGGUGGAGAACCAUCUUCAGAUGAAACAGAGUAGUCUUUGUGUUUUUAGCUUGUUAUCUGCAGCUAAGAUAUAGGUUGAGCAAUUGUCAUCCAUGCUCCUAGGUAGAAUUACUCCAACAUAAUUAUUCUAGCUGGGUGGAUCUUCUUCGGAAUGUAUGUUACUCUGUGAUGAACGAGCUUAUGGUCUUUUUUUAAUGUGUAUGUUCCCUUUUGUUAUGAAUGAGUUGUAUGG